AUGGAAGCUGCUCAAUAUCCAGGGAUGAAAGGGGAGAAGGAGCUCGCACGCCUUAGCGAGCUGAAGAGACGACUCCGUAUGGUUGAGAAGGAGGAAACAGAGCGAGAAGAUAUGAUAAAGGGAAAGAAAAAGAUUGAAAUAAGAGCUGAGGAUGAAGAACAACCUCCAUCCAAAAGGUCUCGCAUCGAUUGUGACAAAGCACAAGAUAGCAGCACAGAAGUUGAUGCGCAACCCGAAGUUCUCUUCGUCUCUAUACCCAUACUUCUCGACUUCCCUACGGCGUCCAACACUCUCCAACUCCAUCCGCACAAGAUACCAACAAUCGGCCCCUCAUCCUCCGACUCUACGGCGCACCCUCCGCUCCGCAACCAUCCAAUCGUUCAAGCACUCCUCCUAGCUCUCGCGCCCGCAUACCAACAACUCUACCACCAUCCAGCCAUCCUGAACCCCACGCACCGCCCGGCUCACCAUUCGUUCCUCCCGACGCCGUCCGAGGCGUUGCAACCCUCAGCUUCCCAUGUAUAUGGAUCAACUGUAACAAGCACUGCGGCACAAUCGAGCGAGCCAAGCGGCAUAUCAAGACCACGCAUAUGA